CUACAUCGAUUAUAUAGUCUUGUGUUUACAAACUUGAAGAUCUUCAUUCCUAAGGAUAUGCGUUUGACCGCCUUCGGUCAGAAAAUUAUUCACGUGAUUAAAGAAAUGAUGUACCGUUACGUAUUGGGUGGAGUUAAAUUCGUUUCAAAUCUGUAAAAUCUUGAAAACUUUGUGAAUUUACAAUUGUCAACUAUCUUGUGAUAUCACUUUAACGUAUUCACAGAGCGGAUCGAUUUGCGCUAUCAAGUAACCCCUUCACAGUUUCAAUCUAAAAUCUAAGUGUUCACUAUUGAUGCUGCCUAUCAAAGAAUGAGAUAUUCAAUCUACAACUUUGCUAGUAAACACCAACGUGUUACCACCAUAUGUCUUCUGUUAUUCUGCUUGCUUGCUGGAUACCACUUACUUCAACCAAUUCUUAAUUAUAAUUCGGAAUCCAAAUCCAAAAAAGAAGAGAAGUCAAUUAAAAAUCAAAGAGAUGUCUUCAACGAAAUAAAUUUACUUAAGAACAAAAUCAGUGAAUUAGAGAUUAGUUUGGAACAAGCAGAAUUCAGAGUUCCAAAGACUUUUCCUAAUAUAAAAUUUUUAAACUACAAGGACAGGAAAAGAAUUCUAGUAACUGGAGGAGCUGGAUUUGUUGGUUCCCACCUGGUUGAUUACCUCAUGAGAGAAGGGCAUGAAGUUAUUGUUGUCGACAAUUUUUUUACUGGACGGAAGAGAAAUGUCGAACAUUGGAUUGGUCACGGAAAUUUCGAACUGAUCCAUCACGAUAUAGUCAACCCAUUGCUCAUUGAAGUUGAUGAAAUUUACCAUUUAGCGUCACCAGCCAGCCCUCCACAUUAUAUGCUCAAUCCAGUGAAAACUAUUAAAACCAAUACUGUUGGUACUAUAAAUAUGUUAGGUUUAGCCAGACGUGUAAACGCCAGAAUACUUAUUGCAAGUACCUCAGAAGUCUACGGUGAUCCAGAAAUUCAUCCUCAGUCUGAGUCUUACUGGGGCCACGUAAAUCCCAUAGGUCCUAGAGCUUGUUAUGAUGAGGGAAAACGGGUAGCAGAGACUUUAAGCUAUGCUUAUGCCAAACAAGAAAAAGUACAAGUCAGAGUUGCCCGUAUUUUUAAUACCUAUGGACCUAGAAUGCACAUGAACGAUGGAAGAGUAGUCUCGAACUUUAUACUGCAAGCAUUACAAAACGAAAGCAUAACUAUUUACGGCCACGGAAAACAAACUCGUUCUUUUCAAUACGUAUCGGAUUUAGUAGAUGGCCUUGUUGCUUUGAUGAAUUCAUCGUACACAUUGCCGAUUAACUUGGGCAACCCCGUCGAACACACUAUCGAUGAAUUUGCACAGAUAAUAAAAUCAAUCGUCAACGGUGCGGAUAGCUCGAUACGUUAUCUUCCUGCAGUUGAAGAUGAUCCCCAAAGGAGAAGACCUGAUAUCACUAGAGCUAAAAAAUAUUUAAACUGGGAACCAAAGAUUUCACUGGAUGCUGGACUAAGAAAGGCUGUCGAGUACUUCCGGCGCGAGAUUCUACGAUCUUCAAUGCCGAUCUUUCCAAAGGUAUCUCCGAGAAAUAGUGACAAAGAAUUAUGGUAACUGUACAAACCAUAAAACACACUGAUGCAUGAUGCCGAAUGUUUUUUUUUACUGAGAGACUCGAAUAUGUUGAUUUUGUUUGUAUUAACAGAAAUAUAAGUAAGUUAAUUUGAA